GACUCCAGGUGGCGAUAACGUGCCGCCUGCUGGAUGAAAUCUGACUUAUCUCAAGAAGAAGUAGAAGGAUAGCCGCUCUGGUGGCUGUCAACAUGGCGUUCAGUUUCGGAGGCGCCACGAGUAACACAGCCGCAAACACGCCGGGGUUUUCAUUUGGUUCAUUUGGUGCCAAGACCACAGCACCAACAACUUUUGGCUUUGGUCAGGCCGCCACCACCACCGCCUCAUCUGGAUUCGGCACUCUUACAGCUCCUGGGUUUGGGGCAGCCACCACCACUGCUGCUGCACCAGCCACAGGAUUUAGUUUUGGCUCCACCAACACUGGUACAUUUGGUGGCUUUGGAACAACUACGACAACUGCUGCUGCACCAGGGUCCACUUUUAGCUUUGCUGCUCCCUCCAACACCACCGGAGGCCUGUUUGGUAGCACACAGAACAAAGGGUUUGGGUUCUCCUCUGGGCUUGGUACGGGGACCACUACUGGGACAACAGGGUUUGGAACUGGUUUAGGAACAACUGGCCUGGGUGGGUUUCAGUGUUUCAAUAUCCAGCCAUCUCAGCAGCAGCAAGGAGGCUUGUUCGGCCAGCAGGCCCAGCAACAGGGUCAGGCUCAGCCUAACCAGCUUUACCAGCAGGUCACUGCUCUGUCAGCUCCCACCCUGUUAGGAGAUGAGCGUGACUCCAUCUUAGCCAAAUGGAACCAGCUGCAGGCUUUUUGGGGCACUGGGAAGGGCUUCUACAGUAACAACAACCAUCCUGUGGACUUCACCCAGGAGAACCCAUUCUGCAGGUUCAAGGCGGUGGGCUAUAGCUGUGUCCCGGUGAGUAAGGAUGAGGAUGGUUUAGUGGUCUUGAUUCUCAGUAAAAAGGAAGCUGAUGUGCGAGCACAGCAGCAGCAGCUGGUGGAGUCCCUUCAUAAAGUCCUGGGGAGCAACCAGAUGCUCAUUGUCAUUGUAGAUGGUGUCAAAGCCCUGCCCAGUGACCAGACAGAGGUGAUCAUUUACGUGGUGGAGCGUUCUCCUAACGGCACCUCCAAACGGAUUCCCUCCAGCACCCUUCUCAGUUAUCUGGAGCAGGCCAAUGUUAAGGUCCAGCUCGCACAGAUGGGAGUGGCCAUGUCUGUCACACGCACAGAGCUAACUCCAGCACACCUCAAACAGAUGCUGCAAAAUGCUCCUGCAGGAGUGGACCCCAUCAUUUGGGAGCAGGCCAAGGUGGACAACCCUGACCCAGAGAAGUUAAUCCCAGUUCCCAUGGUGGGUUUUAAGGAGCUCCUUCACAGGCUACAGAUCCAGGAGCAGAUGACCAAACAGCACCAGACCAGAGUGGAUAUUAUCUCUAAUGACAUCAGUGAACUGCAGAAGAACCAGGCGACCACAGUGGCCAAGAUCGCCCAGUACAAGAGGAAGCUGAUGGAUCUCUCUCACAGAGUGCUGCAGGUGCUGAUUAAACAGGAGAUUCAGAGGAAAAGUGGUUAUGCUAUCCAAGUGGAUGAGGAGCAUCUCAGGGUGCAGCUGGACACCAUUCAGUCUGAACUCAAUGCACCCACCCAGUUCAAAGGUCGGUUGAAUGAAUUAAUGUCCCAGAUCCGGAUGCAGAACCACUUUGGAGCAGUGAGAGCAGAAGAGCGCUACUGCGUUGACGCAGACCUUCUCAGAGAAAUCAAACAACACUUGAAACAGCAGCAGGAAGGUUUAAGUCAUUUAAUCAGUGUCAUCAAAGAUGACUUGGAGGACAUCAAACUCAUAGAACAUGGGCUGAGUGACAGUGGGCACAUGAGAGGAGCGUUUGCUAACACCUGACUCCAGUUGGUGUUUAGUGACAUCAGAAGCCGAGGAUCACCCAUUUCCCAGAGACCUGAAUUACAGUGUGUUUGUUUUGUUUUAUAUUUAUAUCCUGGGUGGUAUAGUAAAGUACACUUCAGUGCCUGAUGACUUCAGUCACUAUAUUUUCAGAAUAGGAGGUUACUAAACAUGCAAAAUGAUGUAAACCAUAAAUAAAAAUGUUGCCAACAACAGGUUGAUUCCUCUGUACCUAAUG